GCUACCGACCGAUCAUUCCACGCUCAGUGCUUCAGCAGCCAGGAUCACACCAUCCUAGUCUUCCCCAGCUCCCCCCCAGCUUGAAAGGUUUGCCUGUGUGAACUAAGAUUUCCCGGUGCCUUCCACUCCCCAUCCCACCUCGCCAACACGUCACUCGAUCGUGUGUACAGCAACUUCAGCAAGUGUCCCGAGCAACAGCCGGAAGAGUGAACUGUGAUACCUUCGUGUAGUGAUUGCCGCAAGUUUAUACACACAAACCAAUCAUCAAAAUGAAUCUAUUCACCGUGUUCUUCGCCCUCGUCCUGGCAGUGGCCACCGUCGCCGGCCAACGGUUCGGUUUCCCGCACACGUCCCAGUUCGGGCUCGCCUCGCUGACCGGUGACUUCGGUGGACCGAGCGCCUUCGGUGGACAGGAUUUGUCAGGUACUUUGAACGCUGGUAUCAGAGAUCCGCGACAGAACCGAGGACCCGUUGUGUUCCCGCCAGCGCCCGCCGAUGCUCCAGUUGAGUCGAGCGGAGUGAUUGUUGGUGCUUCCGGAUACGGUUUCGUGCCACCGAAUACGCCCCAGAAAUUCAGGAAAAAGGCCCCGCCAUACCGAUAUCCGCCAGCGCCCUGGAAGCUGCCCGUUCCGGCCGCCGCCACCACCGGCACCUCGCAGCGGCCCAAGAAGCCCGGCAUCGUCAAGCUAACGCCGACCGUUCCGAUCGGGAGCUACAAGAAGCCGACGCCGCCCAAGUGGUUCCGGUUCUACAAGGGACCGGGUACGGCGGCCGUACGGAAACCGCCGCCCGUGCCCCCGCCAGCACCGCACGGCCUAGGGUACGGUGGGUCGAGUGUGUUUGUUGGCCGCCCGAAAGCGGUUGCCACAAGCGUUAGCUACGCGACGCGACACUAGGCUGCGGAUGAUGCGGCACUGAGGACACGAUGGAUGCAAUGUACCAAGGACGCGUUGCGGGGCGACCCCGAGAACGAUGUACAUACGAGCGCAGGAGCAGCUGUUGGCUGGCAGUGAAGUGUUCGCCAUUUUACCAUUAGAGCAGUAGUUAGUUUGUAGUGACGAUCGAAAACGACAACAGAUGGACGGAUCACUUUAUGUUUCCGCUCUGAAUUAACCAAUGAAUAUUUAGCAGUGUUGUGUAAUACGGUAUAGAAGAGUACAAAAUAAAGCAAUGUUCUUGAUAUAAAGGUAA